AUGGGGCUGGUGGUGAAGCGUGUCUUCCUCCUCACCGCCUCCCUUGUGCUCCUCUUGCUCAGCUUCGAGGUCCUGGACCUGGAGGGGGCUCUCCGCCGUGUGAGCCAUGGCUGCGGCGAGGUCAGUGCCGUGGCAGUGACCCGUGAUGCCGGUUCUGGUUUCCUCUCCAGGUUCAGGAUGCUGGUAAGCCUGGAUCGUCAUCGGCCGCCGCGACACCCACACCGGAGCCAUCAAAAGAGUUCUGCAGCUCCAGCUCCGGCACCGGCGCCGGUUCAGGUUCAUGAAGCAAGAGCUGCUCCGACUCCUGCUCCUCCUCUUCCCCAUGAAAGCCAUAGAAGUAUGCCACUCAGAAACCACAGACACACUGCCCCAGCGAGGAGCGUGGCACGCAAACUGGGAGGUGGAGGUCACGCCAGGCUCCCAACAGCCGCCAUUGUCGCCCUGGCUGUGGCUGGAGCAUGUCUGCUUGUUCUCGGAGUUGCAAUGGCAGCAGCAGCCUCACUCAGAAGAUCAAGGAAGCUUCAGAAAAAGCCUUUCAAGCUAUUUCCCCAUGGAUCAAGAGCUCACAGGUCAACUUGUGCUACCAUCAAGGUUAGUUCGCAUCCCAGCCCGGGUUCUGCUGUGCAAUGCCGGGACUAUCCAAUCCUCACAGAAUCUUCAAAAUCUAUGAGCUUAGAAUCUUCAGAAUCUAAGAACUUAUCCGUGCUUCCCACUACAUCAAAAAGUGCAGAGUUAAUCAUAAGCGAUUAUGCUGUGAAAACCAGCACCAACAUGCAGUCUGAUGAAGCUGAUUCUUUCCAUUCAUUGUCCUGUUCUCGUUCAUCAGGUGGCUCCAUUACAGAGUCGCCACUGCAAAUUUGUGAUAAACCUAUCACAGAUCUGUCUCCAUCUUCUCGACACAGGGACGAUUCACCUUCUAGUUCAUCAUAUCAAUCACUAUCACCAGAUUGUAGAUCUCCCUUCUGCCCAAAGAUUCCACCUUUCACAGCUCCCGAUCACACCCAUGUGCUUAAUGCCAUUUGCCAUCUUCCAGAAAAUCCAGACGAGGAGAAAACUGGAGUAAGCCACCAAAAAACUGCAACGGCUACUAACAAUUCAGGAUCCAUGGGACAUCCUGAAGCUCCAAAAGUAGAGCAGGUCAAUGCAAAGCUCAGUCAUCUAUCGUCAGGAUAUAAGUCUACUUCCUAUGCUACAGAGACCACACCCUCCGAAACAAACUCAGCAUUCAGGGUGUCAAAUACAGACAUUAAUUUGGUGUCAAAUACAGACAUUAAUUUGGAUCCAAAGGAAUCAAUACGGAACUCAGCUGAAGAAGCCAAGUUCAAACCAUCUGGAGCAAUAAGUAUAUCGAAAUCACCACCACCCCCUCCACCGCCAAUUAAACCUACUUCAAGUCUUAAAGGGAAGAACUCUGGCCAGCCUCCAUUGCCACCUCCAUUACCGAUCCAGUUACAAGUUGGCAAAGAUGGGUUACCACUUCCAAGGUUGAAACCUCUGCACUGGGACAAAGUAAGGGCAGCUCCAAACCUCUCAAUGGUGUGGAAUGACAUUCAGUCAAGUUCCUUUGAGUUUGAAUUUGAUGAACAGAUGAUCAAGUCAUUGUUUGCAUACAAUUUUCAAGGGCAAGCAAAAAAUGAGGACCCCAAGAGCAAGACUUUAGCUACCAGCAAACAUGUCAUUGAGCACCACAAACUUCAAAAUACUACAAUACUCUUGAAGACCUUAAAUGCUAGCACUGAACAAGUCUGCAUUUCUAUAACAGAAGGUACUGGACUGUCCACACAACAACUAGAAGCGCUGGUCAAGAUGAAACCAUCCGAGGAAGAGGAGAAAAAGCUACUUGAUUAUGAUGGGGACAUCAACAUGUUAGAUCCAGCAGAGAACUUUGUUAAGGUGCUACUGACAAUACCAAUGUCAUUUUCAAGAAUUGAGGCAAUGCUGUACAAGGAAACUUUUGAUGAUGAAGUUGCCCAUCUCAGGAUGUCCUUUGCACUGAUUAAAGGAGCCUGCAGUGAACUCAGGUCCAGCAAAUUGUUUUUAAGAUUACUUGAAGCGGUACUCAAGACUGGAAACAGAAUGAAUGUUGGAACUAUAAGAGGAGGGGCAAGUGCUUUCAGACUUGACGCACUGCUGAAACUGUCAGAUAUACGUGGAGCUGACGGGAAGACAACCCUCCUGCAUUUUGUUGUCCAAGAGAUGGAGCGACUACAAGGAUCAAAGGCUUCGGAUAAGCUCAGUGGAACUUCUGGAUCUUGUCAACUGGCAGAAAGAGAAGAGUAUCCAGAAAUAGGUACAGAAUUUGUUACAGAGUUAAGUAAUGAGCUUGGCAAUGUCAAGAAGGUAGCAAGUAUAGAUUUAGAUACCUUGAAAAGCUCAAUCUCAAAUCUAUCACAUGGACUGGCUCAACUGAUAAGGCUUGUCGGGAAGGAGCUUACCUGCAAUGACAGGAACCAGAACUUCCUGCAGUGCAUGAGAUCAUUCCAAACUCAUGCAGAGAAUACCAUGCAGGAACUCAAGGUUGAUGAAGCCGAGGUCCUACAGCAGGUCAGAGAACUCACAGAGUAUUAUCAUGGAGAGGUUGGCAAGAAUGAGUCAAACCUCCUCCAUAUAUUUGUCAUCAUGAGAGAUUUUCUUGGUUUGCUAGAUAGGGUGUGCCGAGACAUGAGGGGUACAAAGCACAUCCAACCUCUGAAACAUAGUCCUUCCGCUCAGGUGAAUACGUUCAAUGAUCAGACUUCACAUUAA